ACCGCAAUAUGUAUAUCGGAUCCAGGAACACCCUACCUCAAAGCUUGUUAGCUGCACAAACAAGACACUCCACAGAUACCAAAGUUGAAUAGAGGCUGAACCAAGUUGCAACUUGCAAGUCAUCUGUGUUCCUCCCAACCUUGAUAUGUACAAUAUAAUUUCUUAACUCCAAACCACAUUUAUUGUUUAUUAUAAAUCUGAUUGGUUGAGAAUAUGAGAACACUGAUGUUCCGCUAAAGUAUGAAACGCUUCCAUAUAAGAUCCAGUUCAAGCUUAACCUUCAGCUAUAGUUACAGGAUAAAUUAGUAACUUCUGCUGGUCUAAUUUUAGUGCCAACCACCUGUUUGUAGAAUUGCCCCACAGGGAAAAAGAGAGCUUUAGGAAAAUAGGUUGCUACUAUACCAUUCCACUAGGUUGUAUCUUAUAGCAAAUAGGAGCAUGAGUUUGAUGCUUCAUCACGUAUCAAUGCUGCCACAUGAGGCUGUAUCUUGUAAACUGAGGCUUGCUGGAGCAUUAGCAAGAUCUCAUUCCUUUUCUGCAUCUUGUUCUGUCACCAAUAGAGCAAUCCAUUGCACCCCAGAAAGGUGGAGCUGCAGUGGCAGUUGUAUUGGAGUUAGUAUUAGUAGUAGUAGAUGCAACUACCAAGGGAAAAGGCUUGUUAGAAGCUGCUCCACCACCAGUGACUUUGUAAUUGCUGGUGACGAAAGUUAUGGCAACAAGCAGGUUGUUAGUCUCACUCCGCGCUUGUAUGACUAUGUGCUAAAAAAUGUUAGAGAACCUGAGAUUUUAAGGCAACUGCGCGAGGAGACAGCCUCUAUGCGUGGAAGUCAGAUGCAGGUAUCUCCUGAUCAGGCACAAUUACUUGCAAUGCUUGUGCAGACUCUUGGAGCCGAAUGGUGCAUUGAAGUCGGUGUUUAUACUGGUUACUCAUCACUGGCCAUAGCAUUAAUCCUGCCAGAAUCAGGUCGUUUGGUUGCAUGUGAAAGAGACGCCAAAUCUCUUGAUAUUGCCAAGAAGUACUAUCACCUAGCUGGUGUUUCACAUAAGGUGGAUGUAAGACUUGGACUUGCAGUGGAUUCCCUAGAAUCUUUAAUAUUGAACGGUGAAUCAGGAAGUUAUGAUUUUGCAUUUAUUGAUGCUGAGAAAAGGAUGACUGAGAAAUAUUUUGAACUGCUACUGCAACUGGUGAGGGUUGGAGGUCUUAUAGUAAUUGAUAAUGUUCUUUGGCAUGGGAAAGUUGCUGAUCCGCUGGUAAAUGACCCAAAAACUAUCAGCAUUAGAAAUUUCAAUCGAAGGUUAAUGGAAGACAAGCGUGUAAGCAUCAGUAUGGUAGGUUCAUACCAAUUUUUUUCUUCCAUCACUGAUGCACUUUCAUAGUGAUUCUUUAAAAGCGGUUACUUCCAUGAAGACAUCUUUGUGUGAAGAUGGUAUUACGAACCGUUAGAUGGUUCAAUAAAAUUAUUCAAUCAACAUGUCAAACUAUCUAACGGUUCACAAUACCAUCUUUAUAUGAAGACGUAUUCAUGGAAGUAGCCACCUUAUUUGAAUUUGAUUUAUAGUCCAUUAACUCUUUUUGAGAUUUAAGGUACCUAUUGGAGAUGGGAUGACAAUAUGCAGAAAAAGAUGACCCAGUUUUCAUCGAUUUAUUGAUAUAUUCUGUGCAAUUUUGGGUUGAUGCUUCGGCGGAAAGCAAAUACUUGAUUCAAACAAAAAUCAAUUGAUUUUCAUAGAAAUGGAGAUGUGGCAAAGUCUAUUCUGCUAGGAUUUGGAUCUUCUAAAUUUUAAAUUUUUACUUUAGAAGGUAAAGUGUGAUCUUCUACCCUUGAAUGAUUUCUCUUUCAUAUUUACUCUUGGCCCCACCUAUAAAAUAAAUGGUGAGAGAUCAUACUUUACUCUCUAAAAUGAAAUUCAAACUUUAGAGGAUCCAAAUCCAUUCUGCUAAGGCUCAUUUGUGAAGGAUCUGAAGAACCAUUUUGGCUCCAUAGCGAAUGGAGAGAUAUGAAUGCGUGUAAUUUCUUCAUUGCUUUUACCCCCAAAAUUUUGUAGCUUUUUACACUAACUUCUGAGGUAGCAUGGGAAUUCAGUUAGCUACUACCCUUGGAAUCACAUGGAUUGUAGAUUGAAGAGAAACUUAUUCACAAUGGAACCGAGAAUGAGUGUUAAAUUGAUAGAAAAUUCUACCCAUAAGGGCAUAAGGCUAUAACGGUAUGUUUGGUUAGCUCGGUGGGUGAAAAAAAUGGGUCAAAUAUUUUCAUGGAGGAUAAUGAUGUAUAAAUUUAUAUAUAGAGUUGAUUCAUAAAAAUUUCUACCCUAUUUUCAUCC